CAUUCUUUGUUUUCUCGACAUGAAAUAAAAGUCUAUAUAAAGCUCAUUUCAAGAGUCGAGAGAUAUAUUCUUUUAAGUGAAAAAACAAAAACUAGAAAAUGUCUUCACAAAAGAGUUCGCACCAUAAGGCUGACUCCAAAAUGGAACAGGAUAGCAAUAGAAAAGCAUGGGUUUUACAACCGAGGGGUCUUAACUUUGUUUGGGGAGGUGACUUGAGAUAUUGGGUUAUCCCUAAAGAACCAAGGAUGCCUGCUGAGCUGAAGAUGGUGAGUUGGUUAGAGGUAACCGGUUCUUUCGAGAAGAUUGAACCCGGAAAAACAUACCAAAUCGGUUUUAAAAUCUCGUUUAAACCGGAUGCGACAGGUUGGGACAAAGCACCAAUUUGUAUGUCUGCUAAAAUCGGGAAGAAAGGCAAGACGAUGUGGAAAAGAAUCAAAUCCGUUCAACAGAACUUUGGUAAACUGAAAGUUGGAUCAGAACCCGUCAACAUACCUGACGAGUCCGAUGGCCGGUUUGAAAUCUCGGUUAGUCCCACAACGCUUACCCAAGAUACUAAGCUUCAGUUUGGUCUAUAUGAGGUUUGGACUGGACGAUGGAAGACUGGUCUGUUGAUCCAUGAAGCCUUUGUUCACGAAGUGUAACAGAAUAUGAAUAUAUGAUCAUUGUCGAUUUUAAUAGUCCGAACACAAAUGUUAUACCUCAAAUUUCGACGAUUUAUUUCUUUAGAUCAUAAUUAUGUAAAUGAAAGCGAAGCCUUGUAGCAAAAAGGUACCUUUCUUAAACAAGUUUUAAAGUUCAGUGUGAUAAUCUUCUGGUUUAAACCACAAUGAGAAAUCGAUUCCUUUCGA